AUGGAUAAUCACAAACCGUUGUUACCCACAUCCUCUCACGCAGCUCCAAACCCAUGCACUCGCAAAGACCUUCUUCUGGUCGUUUGUGGCUUCCUCUUGCUCUCUUCCCUUGUCGCCUUUGGGGGGUACAGGGCCUCCAACGUGCCUCAUGCUCACGUCUCAUCGCCAUCAUCCAACCAUGAGCAAGAACAACGCAGUCCCACAUCAGUGCCCUCUCAGAAAUGGUACCCUGUUUCAAGGGGUGUUUCUUCCGGAGUGUCGGAGAAGUCAUCGAGCGUGUUAUUGGCCGGCGAAGGAGGAGCUUCAGAGGCAUUUCCUUGGGACAAUAGCAUGUUGUCGUGGCAGAGAACUUCUUUUCAUUUCCAGCCAGAGAAAAACUGGAUGAACGGUCCUAUGUAUUACAAGGGAUGGUAUCACUUUUUCUACCAGUACAAUCCGAACGGUGCAGUUUGGGGUGACAUAGUUUGGGGACACGCUGUGUCCAGGGACAUGAUCCAUUGGCUUCACCUUCCAUUGGCAAUGGUGGCUGAUCAAUGGUAUGACAUGCAAGGUGUGUGGACAGGCUCAGCCACCAUCUUACCUAAUGGUGAAAUCAUCAUGUUAUACACAGGUUCCACCAACGAGUCAGUGCAAGUUCAAAACCUUGCAUACCCUGCUGACCCCUCUGACCCUCUCCUUGUGGAUUGGAUCAAACACCCUGGGAACCCAGUUUUGGUCCCACCACCAGGCAUCGGUGCUAAGGACUUUCGUGAUCCUACAACUGCAUGGCUCACCUCCCAAGGAAAGUGGCGCAUCACCAUAGGAUCCAAGCUUAACAAAACUGGCAUUGCCUUGGUUUAUGACACUGAGGACUUCAAGACCUAUGAGCUUAAGAAGGGGUUGCUUCGUGCUGUCCCUGGCACCGGCAUGUGGGAGUGUGUGGACUUCUUCCCUGUAUCCAGAAAAAAUGAGAAAGGAUUGAAUACCUCUAUUAAUGGGGCUGAGGUGAAGCAUGUCAUGAAGGUGAGCUUGGAUGAUGAUAGACAUGAUUACUAUACCAUUGGGACUUAUGACGAGAGCAAGGUUUUGUUCACACCAGAUGAUGUUAAGAAUGAUGUUGGUGUUGGUUUAAGGUAUGACUAUGGACUAUUCUAUGCAUCCAAGACAUUUUAUGAUCAGAAUAAGGAUAGGAGAAUUUUGUGGGGUUGGAUUGGAGAGUCUGACAGUGAAUAUGCAGAUGUCGCUAAAGGCUGGGCUUCAGUUCAGAGUAUUCCAAGAACUGUGAAGCUUGAUAAGAAGACUGGCAGCAACUUACUUCAGUGGCCCGUUGCUGAGGUAGAGAGUUUGAGAUUGAGAAGUGAUGAAUUCAAAAAUUUGAAGGCUAAACCAGGGUCAGUGGUGUCAGCAGAUAUUGAAACAGCCACACAGUUGGACGUUGUUGCGGAGUUUGAGAUAGACACGGAAUCCCUAGAGAAAACAGCUCAAUCCAAAGAAGAGUUCACAUGCAGCACCAGUGGUGGGGCUGCACAACGUGGUGCUUUAGGACCUUUUGGUCUUCUGGUUUUGGCAGAUGAGGGACUUUCUGAGUAUACUCCUGUGUACUUCUAUGUCAUUAAAGGAAGCAAUGGAAAUCUUAAGACUUCCUUUUGCUCUGAUCAAUCAAGGUCAUCUCAGGCAAAUGAUGUUCGCAAGCAAAUCUUUGGGAGCGUUGUUCCAGUACUUAAAGGCGAAAAGUUUUCCUUACGGAUUCUGGUGGACCAUUCUGUUGUUGAAAGCUUUGCUCAAGGUGGAAGAACGUGUGUGACAUCACGGGUUUAUCCAACAAAGGCAAUCUAUGGAGCUGCUAGAUUGUUCUUGUUCAACAAUGCUACUGAGGCCACUGUGACAGCCUCACUCAAAGUUUGGCAAAUGAAUUCUGCAUUUAUACGCCCAUUCCCAUUCCACCCAGAUCAGAAGAUUUAA